AUGGCAAACGCAGAGCUUCAAGAGCUAAUAUUGCUUGGCUAUAUUACCUUCUACCUUAUCAUAACGCUUAUUGUUCUAAGCUACAUCGCGGUUGGUUUGCGACUAUGGGUCCGCUAUCGUAUCACGAAGUCUCCCGGAUGGGAUGAUGCAACAAUGGUUGCGGCUCUGUUAUUGUUCACAUGUUACUGCUCUAUAAUACUUGCAAUCACCUUCCGCAGUCAACAGCGCAAACUCUUCAACAAAGAAGAUAUCCAUGUAACGCUCAUCUACGUCCAACUCGGAGAAAUUUUCUAUAUCUUUACAACGACGCUCUUCAAAAUUUCACUUGGCCUCUUCUUCCUACGCGUUCUCACCCAACCCUGGCAGACUCUCAUUUUCCGCGUCAUCCUCGGCGUCAGCGCGACAUACGGCCUGUUUUACAUCUUUGUGACCAUCUUCCAAUGUGGCAAGCCCGCCGAUCUAGCCGACAGCUUGAUCGGUUCAUCAAGUUGUUUACCUUCUGCCUUCCUCCUCACGACUGGCUAUCUCUAUGGCGUCAUCAACGUUAUUGCCGACUGGACGUUUGUCCUAAUCCCCAUCUCCAUUCUCGUCGACAGCGAACUUGAUCGCCGAGCCAAAAUCUCCGUCAGCGUGGUAAUGGGGCUUGGAGCUAUUGGCAGUGUAUCAAGCAUUCUACGCAUGGUGUACUUGAAAGGGCUAAUGUUUGGUGGUGGUGGGCUCACUGCAAAUUCAAUCAAAGCAACAAUUUGGGCUACAGCUGAGCCAGGAACUGGAAUCGUCGCUGCCUCAGUUGCUAUUCUGCGACCCCUCAUCCGCCAAUUCAACUCCUGCAUCCAUACUAAAGUCUCCGACUACAGAUCCCGCAAGAGCUUAUUGCCUAGCUCUUCUAGACCUUUUGGCUCAGAGACGAUCGCUCUGGCAUCCCAGGCCGGGAACAAGACAAGUAUGCAGUCAAUCCGCUCAGACGAUCCGUGGAGCCCGACAGUGGUAUUAGGGGAGGCGAAUGUGCAGAGAGUGAUUAGUGUGCAGAUGAUAAAUGGGAGGGGUAGUAUGGCACCAAUGACGAGAUGACGCGACGUGUGUACAUAC